GAGAGAGGAAGAUAACUGUAAGAGGCAAAAAUUCCCAGGAACUCAUUGAGUUGCAAAAGAAGGCAGAAUCUCUUCAUCUACCAACAUAUUUGGUGCAGGAUGCUGGCAUGACUCAAAUACCUGCUGGCUCUACCACUGUUUUGGCCAUAUUUGGUGAUGAAGAGGCUGUAAAUGAAGUGACAGGAAAAUUAAAAUUGUUGUGAUAGAAGAAAA